AUGGCAGUCUGGUUCGAGUUUACACCGCACUUGCUUUUUCUAAUGUUAGGUUGUUGUCUUGGAGCUUUGGAGGGUCGGACCUCGAGCCGAACCCCAUGGAGCGUGCAGGGACAGGGCAGAUAUGGUACCGAUUCUCCGUUUGACCAGGACAGCGCUAAUCAGAAUGUGGUCUCACAGCACAUGUACAGGCUGUAUGAGAAAUACAACAGAGAACUGAAACGACUCCGAGAGGGAAACACUGUCAGGAGUUUCAGAGCCAGCCAAGGUGAGUGUGGCUGUGGAAUAGCUUUCUAUGAUGCUGGAGAGAAAAAUGAACGUAGAUAAAUUAGUUAUAUCCUCAACUCUGAUAUUCUUCCCAAUUUCUUGAGAUGCACAUAAGAGUUGUGGACUAUGUCUGUUUUCAGGGGGAAAGGCGCUGAUGAGAUUGGCACAGAGAGAAACGCAACGUGCAUAGGCAGUGACUUCACUCACCAAGUUAUGAUGAAUUUAUGGUUAUAUUAUUAUUAUAUAACAACCUUCUAGUAGGCAACCUAAUUACUUGAAAUAGCCUACAGUGGGCUGAAAAAAAAGCCGACGCAUGUGGUCAGACACCCCAAAUAGGUAGGAUUGUUUUGGAACCGUCUGAGAAUGUCACUGAGUGUUUUUUAUGAUGCACUUGGGCAGAUCUGUAUGUGUCGCGUCAGCUGCAGUGUGUCCUUGUCACAGCUCCAGCCGCAGACGCGCAAGAAUGUGUGUAGAAUUCGCCUCCAAGCGGACCCAGCUGCCGCGCUGGCCGCGACAACAAUGCGGUAACUAGGAGACAGGGGGACACCAAUAAUGCACCAAAUCUAUUUUCCUAAAGAGGCCACUGUAUGCUGCGCUGGAGUAUGAAGGCUUAGCACGCAGUGGCGCCAUUGUCCUGUGUUUUUUUAAUAAACAAAACAGACCCACAUUGACUCAACAUUUUGUUGUUUAAUUUAUUUAACCUUUAUUUUAUCAGGGAGUCAUACUGAGACCAAGGUCUCUUUUACAGAGGAGCCCUGAAUUGCAUAAAUUACAGAAAAUACACACAUCAAUGUAAAUACAAAAUGCAAGCAGAAAGAACAACAUGGUCAUAAAAAACAAACACAUUUAUCAGUAAUAAGGUCCUCAAUCAGCUUUCUGAAUCACCCUAGAGGCACCAAAACAUCACAUUUAAGAACAUUUUGAAGAUUGUUCCACAAAUAAGAUGCAAGAAAACUAAAAGCUGAUUUACUUAACUCAGUAGAGACCAAAGGAAGUUAACCAUCCCUGAGACCUCCUGUGGUAACUCAUAUGUCUAAAGUUUAGUAAAGAUGUUAGGUACAGUGGGACUUUUUGUAAAAGGGCUUUAUAAAUGAAAACAUAGCAAUGUAUUAACCUAUGUGACAUCAAAGAGGGCCACCCAACUUUCUGGUAGAGAAUGCAGUGAUGAGUACAAUAAUUGUCACCCUUAAUAAAGCACAGUGCGCUAUGAUAAACUGCAUUUAACAGCUUUAAUGAAGUGGCAGCUGCGUUCAUAUAGAUGAUGUCGCCAUAGUCUAGGUCCGAUAGGAACGUUGACUGAAUAAUCUGUUUUCUACUAUUUAGCGAGUGGCAGGACCUAUUUCUAUAGAAGAAGCCCAUUUUUAUUCUCAGCUUCUUAACUAACUCAUCAAUAUGCUUUUUAAAAGACAGCUUUUCAUCUAUCCUGAAGCCCAGAUAUUUGUAAGCAGGGACACAAUCAAUAUGGACACCAUUCAAAGUACAUAUGCUUAAAUCAUCAGAGUUAUUUUUAUGCGCUUUAGAGAACAACAUAUACUUAGUUUUACCUGCAUUCAAUACUAAUUUCAGGUCAAUAAAGUUUUUCUGUAAUAAAAUGAAGACAAGACUGUAGUUCAGAUAGAGCCUGGUCAACUGUGGGGGCAAUAACAUACACAGCAGUAUCAUCGGCAUACAAGUGCAGGUUACAGUUUUCUACAGACAAAAUUGUUAAUGUAAACAGUAAAAAGUACAGGACCCAGAAUCAACCCCUGUGGGACACCUUUCGUAAUAUCCAGGAAACCUGAUUUAGCACCAUCAGUAAAUACACAUUGAGUUCUAUCUGUCAAGUAAUUUUUAAACCUGCUACAUGCAGCCUGGCCUAGGCCAAUUGAGGAAAGCCUCUGAAUUAGCAGUGAGUGAUCAACAGUAUCGAAAGCCCUUGACAGGUCAAUGAAGAGGGCAGCACAAUGUUGCCUUUUAUCCAUACAGUUAACCACAUCAUUCAUAACUAGGGAUGUGGCCAAGAUAGUGCUAUGACCUGGUCUAAAACCCGACUGAUGUACAGUUAAAAUACAUUUCAAAGAUAAAAAAGCUCUUAGCUGAGAAUUAAUCAAUGAUUGUAAUAUUUUAGCUAGGCAAAGAAGUUUAGAAAUAGGGCUAUAAUUAUUUAGGUCCCAAGGGUUACCACCUUUGCGAAGGGGAAGUACAUUGGCCACCUUCCAAACCUUGGGGAUAGUACCAUAUAUAAUCGUCAGGUUAGAAAUAUGGGUUAAUUAUUCAGCAAUCAGGGGGGCAGAGAGCAGCAGCAAAAAUGGAUCAAUCAUAUCAGCCCCAGUGGAUUUUUUUACAUCAAUCUUAAGCAAGGCAUCUAGCACAUCACAGAUAGUAAAUUGUUGAAUUGAAAACAAAUAUUCACUAGAAGUUGACGGGUUAACCGUUUAGUCAGCUAGAGGCUGGCAGAGGGAAGAGCAGUCUAUUGACUGACCAGGGUCAAUUAAACCACAGUUUCUCUCAAAUAAAAAGCCUGCCGAGAUAAAAUGAUGAUUAAAACCACAGUUUCUCUCAAAUAAGAAGUCUGCCGAGUUAUGAUGCCAGAGUCAGACAGAACUUGCUUAGGCAGGGAAGAAGAGGAAUUUGUAUGCUUCAGUGCAUUUACUGUUUUCCAAAAUGUAGAAAGAUCACCAGCAGAAUCAGAGAUAGAGCUUAAAAAGUUGCUUGAUUUAGUUUUCUUAAUCGAGAUAGUACAUCUGUUUCUCAAUUGUCUGAAAGAUUACCGGUCCACUACAGAGUCAGUUUUCAUUGCUUUGUCCCAGGCCUGAUUUCUCAUCUGAAUGAGCUCCGAUAGCUCCGAAAGAAAACCAAGGGUUAGAUCUAUCUUUGACUCUGAAUUGUUUAAAAGUGGCGUGUUUAUCUGCCAGAGGAAUAAAUAUGGAGGAUAAAUGUUCUCGAGCCAACUCAGGGUUGAGGAAAAAACGUUUUACAAUGUCCCUUCUUAAUUAAUUAAAUGAGGAUUAGUAUUUUGCAGUUUCGUAUCUCUAAUACAUACUAUGGGAGAAUGAUCACUGAGAUCGUAUGCAAAUACUCCACUAGACAAAUAUUUAUGGGAGUUAUUAGUAAUAAUUAAAUCAAGGGAGGAGUUAACAGAGUUUUUCACAUUUAGCAAUGUGGGUUUUCAGAUCAAUUGAGUCAGAUUAAAAUCAAUGCAUAUACUCUUAAAUUGAUCUGAGGCCGGGGAUAGACAAUUCAGUUUCAAAUCCCCUAAAAUGACUAACUCCAAGGACAAAAAAAGCUGUUACACACUCGGAUAUAGCACCAAUAGCAUCCGCCAUGGCAGCAGUUGGGCGGUAAAUCCCAGCAACACAUAAAUAUGUAUUCUGGUUUAUGGACACAUCUACAACCAGAAGCUCCAAUUUUCUUGAAAAAAAUAUUGAAAGAUUGGGAUGCCAUGAAAUUAGAUUUUACAUAUACAGUGGCUUGCGAAAGUAUUCACCCCCCUUGACAUUUUUCCUAUUUUGUUGCCUUACAACCUGGAAUUAAAAUGGAUUUUGGGGGGGGGGGGGGGGGGGGGUUGUAUCAUUUGAUUUACACAACAUGCCUACCACUUUGAAGAUGCAAAGUAUUUUUUAUUGUGAAAAAAGAAAUAAGACAAAAAAACAGAACUUGAGCAUGCAUAACUAUUCUCCCCCGCAAAGUCAAUACUUUGUAGAGCCACCUUUUGCAGCAAUUACAGCUGCAAGUCUCUUGGGGUAUGUCUCUAUAAGCUUGGCACAUCUAGCCACUGGGAUUUUUGCCAAUUCUUCAAGGCAAAACUGCUCCAGCUCCUUCAAGUUGGAUGGGUUCCGCUGGUGUACAGAAAUCUUUAAGUCAUACCACAGAUUCUCAAUUGGAUUGAGGUCUGGGCUUUGACUAGGCCAUUCCAAGACAUUUAAAUGUUUCCCCUUAAACCACUCGAGUGUUGCUUUAGCAGUAUGCUUAGGGUCAUUGUCCUGCUAGAAGGUGAAACUCCGUCCAAGUCUCAAAUCUCUGGAAGAAUGAAACAGGUUUCCCUCAAGAAUUUCCCUUUAUUUAGCACCAUCCAUCAUUCCUUCAAUUCUGACCAGUUUCCCAGUCCUUGCCGAUGAAAAACAUCCCCACAGCAUGAUGCUGCCACAACCAUGCUUCACUGUGGGGAUGGUGUUCUCGGGAAGAAGAGAGGUGUUGGGUUUGUGCCAAACAUAGCAUUUUCUCAUCUGACCAGAGUACCUUCUUCCAUAUGUUUGGGGAGUCUCCCACAUGCCUUUUGGCGAACACCAAACGUGUUUGCUUAUUUUUUUAUAAGCAAUGGCUUUUUUCUGGCCACUCUUCUGUAAAAGCAUAGCUCUGUAGAGUGUACGGCUUAAAGUGGUCCUAUGGACAGAUAUUCCAAUCUCCGCUGUGGAGUUUUGCAGCUCCUUCAGGGUUAUCUUUGGUCUCUUUGUUGCCUCUGUUUAAUGCCCUCCUUGCCUGGUCAGUGAGUUUUGGUGGGCGGCCCUCUCUUGGCAGGUUUGUUGUGGUGCCAUAUUCUUUCCUUUUUUUAAAUAAUGGAUUUAAUGGUGCUCCGUGGGAUUUUCAAAGUUUCUGAUAUUUUUUAUAACCCAUCCCUGAUCUGUACUUCUCCACAACUUUGUCCCUGACCUGUUUGGAGAGCUCCUUGGUCUUCAUGGUGCCACUUGGUUGGUGAUGCCCCUUGCUUAGUGGUGUUGCAGACUCCGGGGCCUUUCAGAACAUGUUUAUAUAUACUGAGAUCAUGUGACACUUAGGUUGCACACAGGUGGACUUUAUUUAACUAAUUAUGUGACUUCUGAAGGUAAUUGGUUGCACCAGAUCUUAUUUAGGGGCUUUAUAGCAAAGGGGGUGAAUACAUAUGCAAACACCACUUUUCUGUUAUUUAUUUUGUAUAAUUUAUAUGUAUAUAAGUUAUUUUUUUAAAUUUCACUUCACGAAUUUGGACUAUUUUGUGUAUGUCCAUUACAUGAAAUCCAAAUAAAAAUCCAUUUAAAUUACAGGUUGUAAUGCAACAAAAUAGGUGAAACGCCAAAGGGGAUGAAUACUUUUGCCAGGCACUGUAUGGCCACUCCUCUCCCUUUCUGGAAUCUGUCACAUCUAAAUAGAUUAGAAUAAUUUCUUCAAUGUCUUUAUCAGAUACAGAACCAUUUAAUCAUGUUUCCGAGACAACCAGAAUGCCAGGACACGAGUCCUGUACCCAAAUGUCAAUUGUGUCCAUUUUUUAAAUAAUGCUUCGCACAUUUAGGUGCACUAGCCCAAGCCCCCUAUGAGAUUUAAAGUCAGAGGGGGUAUUCAGCUCAUUCACAUAAGAGCUUACAGGCAUAGGGUCAUCUGCAGCUAUUUGUUGAGUGAACUGAGACUUUGCCAAGGUCCCUGGCCAACCACGUGAGAGCAGAGUAGACUGAGAAUUUGACAGACCUCCCUCAAGUCGCUGGAUGCAGUGGCUGGGGCGGGAACUGGGAGAGCAGUGUUGGCAGAGCUCAGUCCACCCUGAUGAAUCUCCCGCCAAAGGAGUGGAGCUGCUGCAGGGGAUCGGAGUGGCUGCCGAUGCUCAAUUCUGGGUGUGCACAGGAGGCCUUGGUGUGCCUGCUGUGCAGAGUUGGGGCUGUCAUGGGGGACAGGAGUGUCCCAGGCCUGUCCUGGGGAUGGGAGUAGGGAGGGUAACCAAAACUUGCCUGGGAGGGAGGUUGUGGGGGUAAUUGAGGAGGGUGGUGUGGAGGGCAGUGUGGCUGGCGACGCUCCAAACUCUCAGCAUAUGAGGGCUGAUAAUGUGAAUGAUACAUGGUGUGGACUGCAUCAUGUGGUGCACUUCCCUCGACAGUGUUUUGCCAGACCCUAGGGUAGUGGUCGGUGCUGUGUAGAGCUGGGCUGAGUUGAGUUGGGCCUGGUCUGGUAGAGCUGUUCUGUGAUGGGCCAGGUCUGGUAGAGCUGUGCUGUGAUGGGCCGGGUCUGGUAGAGCUGUGCUGAGGCGGGCCUGGUCUGGUAGCAUGGGAGGGAGGUUGUAGGGGGAAUUGAAGAGGGUGGUGUGGAGGGCAGUGUGGCCAGCGAUGCUCCAAACUCUGCAUGGGGCCUCUUUGACUGCGUACGGCUUGGGCAUAGCUCAGUGUAUCUGCAUGCAGUUCCUGGGAGACAAGUGGUGGAGGGUGGUGUGGUGGGCAGUGUUGCUGGCUGUUCUCUAGCCUCUGUGAGGCACCACCAGAUACAGGUCUAAAGGAAUGUCUGAUUUGUCUCAGGGAGUUGGUGGCUGGUCUGCUGCUCCUGUGGGGUGAGGUGGACUGGCCACCCAGAGCAACAUCAUUUAACGUCCUGGUGAAAGUGGGGACUGCCUCUUUGUACAGGUGUACAUUGUCAUAAAGACAGUCGAGGCUGAGGGUGGGAUGGUGGGCCAGGUGUACAUUGGGCUGUAGCACACAGUCCCAAGAGAGGCUAACAUUUACCCUCCGGAUGGUGGCAGGGUGGAAAUCUCUCCUCUGGAGCAGGGUAGAUAUUACUAUCUUCGCAAGGGGGAAGAUGGUGGAGGCCCACUCUAUCAUUCCCCUUAGUGAUGUGGCCACCCUCUGCUGUUGGGCACACAGGUCAUUGGUCCCUGUGUGAAUGAUGAUAUGGCUUGGAGAGCCAAGCUGGGCCACAGUCAAGAGCUCCAUAGCUCUCUCUGUUGUUGGGCAUAACUUUAACACCUUUUUAUUUGGGAAAAGUUUAUUCUCUAAUAUAAACGUUCCAUUUCAGUCCAUCAUUAAUAUUAUGUCUGGUUUCUCGUCAGGUCUAUGGAGUAUGGCAGGAGUGAUGGGAGUAAUUACAGGCCGUGAGAUGGGGAUGGAGGGGGUUGGUUGGUGGGUUCUGAUUCAGCUGUUGGCCUGGUCCUGGGUUUUUGUGGGAUUCUUUGUAGAGUGGAUGGUGGUGGCUGUGCUGGACAGUUCCUCUCUAAGUCUGCGUGCUUCCAUCCUGAGAGCCUAAUUGUCCUUUCAUUGGACACUGCAGCUCCCGGAUCUCCUCCCUAUGCUGACGCACCAAGCUGAUCUCCUCCUCUAUAAGAUGCUGUGGUACUGCAGGUGUCACGUGUGAGAGAGGCAUGCUCAAGGCUGUGUCUGCUGCAGGUGAGGGAGGGAGAGGGACACUGGGGACUACAUACUGGGGCACAGAGGGAGUGGAGGCUGUUGUAGGUAGUGAGAGGUUUUAAGUUCAGCAACAAAAGGUUCUAUUUGGUCGAAGUAGUGGACAAAUUGAUCCAGACUGGCCUCCGAACCUUGAACCAUCACAGUGCUGUUAUUAUAUAUAUUAAUGUUACAUUUGGGGGUGGAAUCAAUAUACAGUUGCCUCAUUGUUCUGUUUUCUGACAUUUUAAGAUCAUUGUUGGUCUUGUGGAGAGCUGUGUGCCAAGCAUUAGGAUCAUCCGUGUAGAACAGAAUGUCUCCUUUGAUUUCCUUGUUCGCUUUUAGGAUGAAGUCUGCCCUCAGUGUCUCUGGGUAUUCCCGUAGCAAUUUCUUUUAGAAAUUUUAAUUUUUUCUGACUCACUUGUAACAUUUUCAGGAUACACGAUGGCAAGGUCUCUGAAACAAUGCUUAGAGAAUGCAUCCAUCUUCAUCUCCAUGGUGACCUCUUUAACGCUGCUCUAGAAUGAUGUGUAUGUGCCCCUUAUGAAAGCACUUAUUUAAAUAAUGCACCUAUAGAUACAUUCACUUUUUAAACAAUGCACUUUUAUGAAUAAUACAAAUAAAUAUAUUUUCAAUGAAACAACACAUUACACAUAAAUGAAGAUACCUUCUCAAUGUUCAUAAUGUUUCUACCUCCUUUCCAAGUGCUCUUUUGCUUGUUUGUUUGUUCAUCUGAAUGCUUGUUUCCCUAUCAAGCCUGAACUAUCCUCCAGAAAUCCCUUCCUCUUACUCCCUCUGUUGGUUUUGUGUUUGUUUAUCUAUGUCCUAAUUCUUUUUGUUGUCCUUUUGUUGGGUUUAUAGUCCUCCUGUCCCAUUCCUUCCUUGUGUUGCCUGAUGAUUCAGCAGAUGAGUCUUGCAAGAACCAAGUCGAUCAAUCUCUCAAAAUCUCUCCAAACUAUUUGCACAAAAGAAAAUUCCUCUAGAUGGGCAGAACACAGCAAUGCACUAAAAUAACUAAACUGUUCAUAUAAAAAUAUAAUAUAAUAUAAUAUAAAAAUAGCAAUUUAAGGAGGAGCUCUUCUUAAGUCGGCUCGGCCUCCCGAGUGGCGCAGUGGUCUAAGGCACUGCAUCGCUAGUGCUAGCUGUGCCACUAGAGAUCCUGGUUCGAAUCCAGGCUCUGUCAUAGCCGGCCGCGACCGGGAGACCCAUGGAGCGGUGUACAAUUGGCUCAACGUCGUCCAGGGUAGGGGAGGGAAUGGCCGGCAGGGAUGUAGCUCAGUUGGUAGAGCAUGGUGUUUUCAAUGCCAGGGUUGUUGCUUCGAUAAAUAAAAAUAAUGAAUGCACUCACUGACUGUAAGUCGCUCUGGAUAAGAGCGUCUGCUAAAUGACUAAAAUGUAAGUGGUUAUCAGAUAGCAUAUCAUAAUAACACAUGUUUUUUACUGCAGAAGCCAUGUAAUCUAAGGAGCGAUGUAAGGGAGUUUUGACAACAACAAGAGAUCUGUGAACACAUUAGGUUAUUGUCUUGGUGCGGGGCAGACAGUGUUGGCUGUAUUAGGGGCUUAAGGGGAAGCUUUGGGGGAAACUGAAAUAAGCGUUUCCAUAUGCCUGAGGCUGGAUACAGAGUAAUGUAUAUCUCUUAAGUCACUCCAUACAUCCGCAGACGCCAUAUACAAUGGACAAUAUGUCUGCUGUUGGGCCUAAUGUUCAUCAUGAAUAUGUUACUCAUGCCUCCCUCCCCCCACUCCUCUGCACCUAUCUCCCUCCCUCCCUCACUCACUCCCCCCUCUCCUCUACUCUCCUCUCCUCUCUCCCCAUCCCCCUCACCCUCUCCCUCUCCUUCCCCAUCUCCCUAACUCUUCCCCUCUCCUAUCCUCUCCUAUAACAGCCAGAGAGUUAUGGGUUCCCUCUCCAGAGUCUUGUUCCACUCAAGGUUUAUUCCCACCUAGGAAUCACUGUGCCUCUGCCUGCUCUUUAGGUGUUAAGGCCUGGGUCGCUGUGAAAGACUGAAGUAACAGAUUUCUCCCCCUGUAGACUCGUCUGACCAGAGGACGUUUUACCAUCUGAACCUGACGUCUCUCCAGGACUCGGAGCUCAUCCUCUCUGCCACGUUUCACUUCUUGUUCGACCGGUGCCCGAGGCCAAGGGCUUGGUUCUGCAAACGCUACAAAACCCCGGCCUGUCGCUCUCUACACCUCCACCCUGCUCCCUCCAUCCACCUCAUCCUUCGCUCCAACCCCUCUGGGUCAGCGGUCAAUCCAGGGUCGCAGGCGUCGUUGCUAGGCAACGUGACCUUUCACCCCAACCAGAGAGGGUUGUGGCAGAUGAAGGACGUGACUGUGGCGAUAAAGGAGGCCAGGGAGAAAGGCAGCCAUUUUGUGUCGGUGGAGCUGGACUUUGGGCUGCAGUACCACAGACAGCCAGAGGAUAUGCUGUCUGGGUCCAGUCUACCUUAUUUGUUGAUGUAUGCUGACGACCAUGCGCUAGAUGAGCCCAACAGUGUGGCACAGACUUUACAGAGGUAUGGCCCUGAGGCAGAGGUGGAGGAAGAUACUUCUCACCCUUCUCUUCUUCCCCCUAAACAGGGGUCAAAGGGUCGUGUGAGAAGGGGGGUACUAUCUCUCCCAGACUCCAUCCAGAACAACGAGCUACCAGAGGUGGAGUACAGGCCUGGCGGAUCCAGGAAAGAUGACCCGUUUGAAACCGCCUACCACACCCUGAAACCUAUCAAACUCAAGCCUGGGAGGAGGGAGAGGAUGAGGAAGGGCCAGGACGUAGAGGAAGAAGUGAAAGAUGGAGAGAGGGAUACAGGAAGUCAAUCGCCAGUCCUGAGCUUGGACGAGAGGACCCCAAAGAAGAGCAGCGAUGGAGGGAGUAGGUUGCAAGACAACAGUGAGGGAAGGAGUGAUGGAAGAAGCGAUAGAGGGAAGGAAAGAGGAAGUAAGUCUCCAAUGCUGAGUUUUGAUGAGCGGACCAUGCAUAAGGCGAAGAAGAGACAGUGGGGCUCGGAGCCCCAGGUUAGGAGCUGCUCUAGGAAGACACUCACGGUGGACUUUGCGGACAUCGGCUGGAGCGAGUGGGUCCUGACGCCCAAAGCCUUCGAUGCCUACUACUGCGCUGGCACCUGUGGAUUCCCCAUGCCCAAGGUAAAGACUGUGACUAGCUGGAUUUGAACCCACGUCAAAUCCAGUCUUUGGGAGCCUUCUGAGCUAAAGUCUCAAUAAAUAUGUAAGGCAGAGAGGAUACCCUCACACUUAUUUCAAAGUGAGCAUGACAGCCGAGAAUGUAUUUAUGGUUCCCAAUUUAGAACUGCUCCAUUGCUCCCAGUCUGAUGAUAUGUCUACAACAUUUAGGAAAUAGUAUAAAUCAGUAGAUACAUUACUGGCCAGUGCGGACACACUUACAUGUACUUCAUUGUACUAUUGUGUCAUGUUUUCCUACUUGCACUUUAUUAAAUUAAUUAACCAUUGUGCUUCUAAAUCAUAGACAGCUUUUUAUCAAGGCCAGUUCCUUCUUUUAAAAAAAUUCAGAAUAACCUUAAAAUGUAAUUUUUCCUAUUGAAUUGUUACAGGCAUUGCCAGUUACAAUGCUGUAACCUCUCUCUCUCUCUCUCUUUCUCUACCUCAAUCACCCUUCCCCUUCUCUCUCCAUUGCUCCUCUCUCUCCCAGGUACUGCGUCCCUCUAACCACGCAACCAUCCAGAGUAUAGUCCGUGCGGUUGGGAUAGUUCCAGGGGUCCCAGAGCCCUGCUGUGUCCCAGAGAAGAUGAGCCCUCUGGUGGUUCUAUACCAGGACGAGGGAGGUAACCUGGUGCUCAAGGUCUACCCCAGCAUGUCUGUGGAGAGCUGUGCCUGUAGAUAGACCCAGAAGACAGAGGGGAACAACGCUGGACAAAACAGGAUGGACUUGCAGCAAUUUAAAAGGACAAAAAAGGGAAGUUAAAAAG